AUGGUCCAUAUUGCAACCGGCAGUGAAUUUGUUCUGAUAGCAUGUGUUUUCAAAGUUGCCAAACCUUACACCGACGUAUGUGUUUUCAAUGGGCGGCUCAUUGCAGUUGACAGUACUGGUCGGACUGUUGCAGUUGGACCGGAUUUAGGUUUGGAUUUAGUGGCGGAGGCUGUGUUUGGGGGAGAUACAAAAAUAUUGGUAGAGAGUGAUGGUGAGUUGUUGCUGGUUGAUAAGUAUUUGAAACCUUGUAUGAAUGGUACUGUGUCUUUUGAGGGUCAAGGAGUGUACGAGGUUAGAAUGAUAGAGAGUGCAGCAAGACUUGUUGUGUUUAGACUUGAUGAGAAGGAGAAGAAGUGGGUUGAAUUGACAAAUUUGGGGGAUAGGGUUUUGUUUUUGGGUGAAGAAUGUGCUUUUUCACUUUCUGCUUCGGAUUUGGGUAUGGAAAAUGGGAAUUGUGUGAUAUUCAUUGACCAUGUUCAUCACAUUUAUCGUUCAACUGAGCUUGGGAUCAGUGUUUUUUGCUUGGAUAAAUGUCAGAUUUCGCCUUUGUCUGAUUUUCCUUGUUGUUCUAAGCUGUUUUGGCCGCCUCCUCAAUGGGUCGGGUUGUGUUGA